AUGCUGAGAUUCACUGUAGCUAUCGCUGGUGGAGGACUAUGCGGCCUACUGCUCGCCCUCGCACUGGAGAAAUACGCGCCGGACGUCGACUACCAGAUCUAUGAGGCUGCCGCUGAGCUGACGACGGCUGGAGCCGGGAUCGGAUUCCAGCCACGGACGCUGUUCGUCCUUCGAGAACUCGGGCUUGAGCCGGCGUUGCUGAAGAUCUCUGGGAACGGCGAGAAGGACCGUUUGAACAUCCUUUAUCGGAAGUCGGACCAGAAGGAGGGAUUUACCUUCAACGACUCGGAGACUGACGAGAUACAGUGGACGGUCCAUCGCGGAGAGCUUCAAAAGCUCUUCCUCGACCACAUCCGCCACCCAGAGCGCAUCCACCUGGGCAAGCGUCUCGUGUCCUACACUCAAUCCAAAGGUCCCAAUGGCCGGGUGACGCUGCACUUCCAGGACGGGAGCACGGCAGUGUGUGAUGUCAUGCUGGGUGCAGACGGUGUCAAGUCCCAAGCGCGCGCAGCGAUGUAUACGCAGCUUGCGGACGCUGCGAAGAAAGCUGGACGGGCUGAAGAGGCCACUUCCCUGAGGUUGCACAUAAACGCCGUCUUCUCCGGCUUCUCAGCGUACCGCGGCCUCCUCGAACGCGAGCCGAUUGCCGAUGGGGAGGCGAAACCUCUUAACAUGUCGGCGAUAAUGAUCAACAUUGUCGCGUAUCCGAUCUCCCAAGGCCGCAUACUCAAUGUCGCUGCACUCGUUAUGGAUCGCGAGCUGGAGGGCACCCUCCAUGAGGGUCCGUGGACCACUGAUGUGUCACAAGAGGAGGUCCGCAGGGAGUAUGUUGGAUGGGAACCUGAAGUGGACGAUUUCGUGCAGAAAAUGGGCAGAUGGAACAAAUGGGCUAUCAACGUGGUCAAGGACCUGCCCACAUUCGUCGACGGGCGGGUUGCCUUGCUGGGUGAUGCGGCCCAUAGCAUGACUCCUUUCCAAGGUGCAGGUGCAGGACAAGGGUUCGAGGAUACCCUGAUGCUCGGCAUGCUUCUCGGCCAGGCAACCGUCACCAAAGCCAGCAUCCCUGCCACUCUGAAGAUCUACGACCAGUUUAGGCGACCCGUGGCGCAGAAAGUCGCGGCGGUCUCGUUGGAAAGCGGACACAUGCACACGCUCACGUAUCCCGAACUCGAUGCAGAAAUCUCUGCGGGUCGUGCAAGCCUAACAGAGUCGGAGUAUUUGGCGAGGAUCGUGGAGAAUAUAGAGCGGCUCAAGCAGUGGCGACAGGGCACCGACGUCAUGGAGGACUGUCUGUCGGCUCUGCGGCUGCUCCAGCACACGAUCCCAGGCGAAGCCACGACAGAGGCUAAACUCUAG